AUGACGGUUGUUUUAGUGGCCCUGCUGCUGGUGCUGUUUCCUCACAUGGCAUUGAUGGCUCACAUUGUUAAAUGCAGGGAUUGGUACCUACACCGUCCACUUCACAUGUAUCAUCAGUCAGGAAAUUUCAUCAUUGGACACAUUGCUUCUUAUGGUGGUUUCACUUCCAGUUCAGCACUAUUCACUGAAGAACCCCCACCAGCAUUGCCUGAAGAGUUUGCAGUGGUGCCCAAGAGUUACCAGCUCAUCCUAGCCUUGACAUUUGCAGUAAAGGAAAUCAAUGAAAACCCUCAGCUAUUACCAAAUAUCACCUUGGGCUUCAACAUCUAUGACAGCUAUGCUGAUGCAAGGAAAACAUAUCAUGCCACAAUGCUACUUUUAUUCACACUGGAGAAAUUUUUACCCAACUAUAUAUGUAGCAUCCAAAAUAAUCUGACAGCUGUCAUCGGUGGUCUGGAUGCACAAAUCUCCCUUCAUGUGGCAACUAUCUUGGAUAUUUAUAAGAUUCCACAGCUCAUAUAUGGCCCCGCUCCAGUGAUGAAUGAUAAAACCCCACGGAUUCCUUUCUAUCAGAUGGCACCCCAGGAAGGCCACCAGUUUGCAGGAAUUCUCUCUUUACUUCUGUAUUUCAGGUGGACAUGGAUUGGGAUCACUGUGAUGGAUAAUGACAAUGGAGAAAGUUUUGUACAAAAUGUGCUCCCACUCUUCUCCCAGAGUGGCAUCUGUUUUGCCUUUAUAGAAAGAGUCCCCAAACACAGUUUUCUCAUUGAUGGUCUUGCCAUGAUGGAACAGGGGGCAAACAUACAUGAUAAAGUGAUGAGCAGCAAUGCCAAUGUAGUGGUAGUCUAUGGAGAAGCUUAUUCCUUUGUAUUUUUUAGAUGGCUUCCAUAUCUAUCAAAAUUAGAGCAAAUGUCAAAUAAUGUAAAAAGUAAAGUGUGGAUAACCACAGCUCAAAUGGAGUUCAUUUCAUUGACCUUUCAGCGGGAUUGGGAUGCAACUAUAUUCAAUGGUGCUAUAGCCUUCAGAAUUCAUUCCAAUUAUCUACCAGGAUUUCAUAAAUACGUUGAGGGCAGAAACCCUUUCAAUGCAGAAGAUGAUGAUUUCAUCUGGGAUUUCUGGCAACAUGCCUUUGGCUGUGUAUUUCCCCAUCGCGUUCUGGACGAAGUGGUGGGGGAUAUCUGCACUGGAAUGGAGAAGGUAGAGAACCUUUAUGAAUCUCUCUUUGAAAUGACAGUGCAAGGUCAAAGCUACAGCAUCUACAAUGUUGUCUUUGCCUUGGCCCAUGCUUUACAUGCCAUGUCCUUAGCAAGACUCAAACAUUCACAAAUGGUGAAUAGAGGAAGGCAAAAACUUUGGAAGCAACAAUUUUGGCAGCUUCACCACUUUCUGCGAGGUGUGUCAUUUAACAACACUGCAGGAGACACAGUUUCCUUUAACCAGAACGGAGAGAUAAUAUCUGGCUUGGAUGUCAUCAACUGCAUUAUUUUCCCCAACCAAUCCCUUCACAAAGUGGAAAUUGGGAGAAUAGAUCCCCGGGCUCCACCAGGCCAAGUGUUCACCAUUGAUGAAGAUGCCAUAACAUGGCAUGGCUGGUUUAACCAGACUCAGCCUCUUUCUGUCUGUACUGAGAGUUGCCACCCUGGUUUUAGGAAGAAAGUGAAGGAGGGGGAGCCAUCUUGCUGCUAUGACUGCAUCCCAUGUCCAGAGGGGAAGAUUUCAAUUCAAAAGGAUACAGCUGAAUGUAAUAAAUGCUUAGAUGAAGACUAUCCAAGCAAGAAUCGAGAUGCAUGCAUUCCCAAGAGUAGAAGCUUCUUGUCUUAUGGAGAACCUUUGGGCAUCAGUUUAGCCUGUUUUUCUCUUUCCUUUUCUCUGAUCACAGCUCUGGUGCUGGGUACAUUUGUGAAGCACCAUGACACUCCCAUAGUCAUUGCAAACAACAGGAACCUCACCUACACUCUCCUCAUUUCUCUCCUGCUCUGCUUCCUUUGUGCACUGCUCUUCCUGGGCCAACCAGAGAAGCUGACAUGUCUCCUCCGACAAACCGCUUUUGGCAUCAUCUUCUCAGUGGCUGUUUCUUGUGUAUUGGCAAAAACCAUCACUGUGGUUCUGGCUUUCAUGGCCACCAAACCUGGAUCCAGGAUGAGGAGAUGGGUGGGGAAGGGAUUGGCCAACACCAUUGUCCUUUGCUGCUCCUUUGUUCAGGCAGGGAUCUGUACUCUAUGGCUAGCAACCUCUCCCCCAUUUCCAGAUUUUGACAGUCACUCAAUGGCAGAAGAAAUUAUACUAGAAUGUAAUGAGGGGUCUGUGACUAUGUUUUACUGUGUUGUUAGCUAUAUGGGUUUUCUGGCAAUUAUCUGUUUCACCGUUGCUUUCCUUGCCCGGACAUUACCUGACAGUUUCAAUGAAGCCAAGUUUAUCACUUUUAGCAUGUUGGUCUUUUGCAGUGUUUGGCUGUCCUUUAUUCCAUCGUACCUGAGCACCAAGGGAAAAUACAUGGUGGCUGUGGAGAUCUUCUCUAUCUUAGCCUCCAGUGCUGGGUUGAUGGGUUGCAUCUUUUUUCCUAAAUGUUAUAUUAUUGUGUUGAGGCCUGAACUGAACAACAGGGAACAACUAAUAAGAAGAAAAGCCUGA